UAUUUAGCUGGCGUGGGGGUUGCCAAUACUUUUUCCAUUGACUGUAGGUGCUAAAUCUCAAGAUAUUUAAGCCACGAUCUGAUCUAAUUUUAUCUCAGUUUUGCCCAUUUAUAAGACUUGCAUAACUGGUCCAGUAAACUUUCCAAAUUUGGGAAUAUGAUUUCCAAAAUGUGGAAAUUUAUCAUGUUUCUAAUUUUCAUUAUUUUUCCGUCACUGAUAAUUUCAACAACGCCACAAACUCCUUCCGUUUUAUUGGCAAGGUCUCGGCUUCGGGUAGAUUAUGGCGAAAUUUGCAACAAAACUGUCCGAUGUAAGAGUGAAGCUUGGCUGACGUGUGAUCACGAACAGGGACGUUUUGUCUGUAUCAAGCAAGUGAAAUGGUAUACCUUCCAGAUAAGCGAAAAUGUGUAGCGUUUAUUGGUGAGAGAUGUAAAUUCGGGAUGGCAGAUGAAGAUGACAACGAUAAUGGUCAUGCAAGAUUAAAAUGGUAUGAGCUUGCCGAAUGUGUUGAGGGUGCCGUAUGCAACACGGAUGGUAUUUGUCAAUGCCCUGACACAUUCUAUGAAGACUUUGAUGCAAACAAAUGCACGUUGAGGAAAGAUUUUGGUGAGGCAUGCGGAUCAAGUUUGGAAUGCAAUUUGCAAAAGAUGUUGAUAUGUGGGGGAAAUCGGACAUGUGAAUGUUUCAACCCGGACGAGAUGACAUAUAUCAGGAUUGAUAAUGAAUCAAGUAGUUGCAAAGUGAAAGUUGGCAGAAACUGCAUCGGAGUGUUUGACACAUUUAGGCAAGCCAUCAGGAAUCAGAUAAUAGCGUCAAAUGGAACUAACCCUGAAGAACAGGAUCCAAGCCUUGAACUUAUCUACUCCAUUUUGAACCAAUUUGGCCCUGUCUGCGCGAAUGGUUCAUAUUGCUACAAUGCUACCUGCUCUUGUCCUCAAGAUUAUUAUGUGGACUAUGAGGCAGCUGAAUGCAUCCCGGUUAAGCGAAUUGACGAUCGCUGCACUUCAGACAAUCAGUGUAAUGCCACUAUGAAAUUAAUCUGCAUUGAGGGAACGUGUCAGUGUGACCCCGACAAAUACGUUCGAAAUAAACAAGAUUUUUCGGUAAAGGGUUGGCAAUGGUAUUCUUACAUUGUCCCAAAGGAUAUUUGCUUAGCGAAGGUUGGAUCUGAUUGUUUCUUUCACCAAGGCCCCUAUAGCAACACUUAUUCACUUGCUGAAAAUGCCUUUUGCUUCCAACAAGCCGAAUGCGACCGUUCUUUAUUGAAGUGCAAAUGUCCAAGUGGGUUUUCUCCAACGAGGGAUAACUUGUGUGGAAAGGCUUACGACAUGGAAUGUUCAAUAGAUCAGCCAUGUAGCGAUGAGUUUGUCUGCAGCCCCGAUCCAUCCAAUAUUAUGAAGUGUCUUUGUCCAAACGAAGGACUCCAAAAAUAUGAAGGGUACUCGGGAGAUGAUAACGUGGUUAGCUGUCGCGGUCAGGUUGGAACCCCUUGUGAAGCAGAGGAUAUGAAUUCCUGCGUGAAAAAUGCAGCAUGUGUCCGUAACGAGGUUGACACCACACAAUUUAUCUGCAAAUGCAAAACCGGGUUCGUUCCUUCAUUUGACCGGCAGUGUCACAUUAGUCAUGGAUAUCCAUGUGAAACUAUAAAAUAUGGAGCAAGCCAAUGUGAUCAUCUUGCCGGAUUGAAAUGUAGGAUAGAAACUGUACGAAAAACGAAUAAAUCUGUGACGGAAUAUCGUCAGGUUUGCUCAUGUCCCAACAAGGCUGAUAUGUAUGAUUUGGAGAGAAGAACUUGCGCACGGGGGCUUGGAGUUUCUUGCAACACAAACGACGACUGUCUCACGAACGGGCUAUGUCGUAAGGAAAAUGACAAACUUCCUGGAAAUUGUGAAUGCAAGAAGGACUUCAUCCAGCAUACUGGGAGGUGCAUCAAAUUUUCUUCCUCCACAAGUGAUUUACUUGCGGAUAAUAUUACCGACACUCGGCCCGGUUUGGGAGGCAAUGAAGCGGAAAAUCCAGAAUUCGGCUUGACAUGGGAUGACUUCCAUGAUAAAGAUUUGGAUAAAUUUUAGCAAGUAGAAGCAAUUAUUGUUACAUUUAAUUCUAAAAUCCGAAGAAUUCUGGAAUAAAACUAAAACAAGACAUUCCCAAAUUAA